GACGCAUGCGUACACAAUACGUGAAACAACAGAAACUCGGUGAUUCAACAACGGCCUCCCAGCGCCGAACAUCUGAUCUAUCUCCUUGAAGAAGUUCUACAACACAUUCUGAUGGCGAGCACGUAAUCAUUGCGUAGAGAUGUCACUCUGAUGAGCCGUGUCACAUGACUCUGAGGUCAUCACUGGGUUUCACGGUUAGGAAGCAGCCGCCGCCAUGCCUAAAGUGGUGUCCCGGUCAGUGGUGUGCUCCGACACCCGUGACAGAGAGGAAUACGAUGACGGGGAGAAGCCGCUACACGUGUAUUACUGCCUGUGCGGGCAGAUGGUGCUGGUGCUAGACUGCCAGCUGGAAAAACUUCCCAUGAGGCCGCGGGACAGAGCAAGAGUCAUUGAUGCAGCUAAGCAUGCUCAUAAGUUCUGUAACACAGAGGAGGAGGAAGCCGUUUACCUGCGCAGACCUGAUGGUAUUGAGCGGCAGUACCGGAAAAAAUGCAGCAAGUGCAGCCUUCUUCUCUUCUACCAGCACCACCAGAAGAAUGCCCCUGCAACAUUCAUUGUCAAUGGAUCACUGGUCAAGUUUGGGCAGGGAUUUGGCAAAACAAACAUCUAUACCCAAAAGCCUGACCCACCUAAAAAGGUAAUGAUGACCAAACGCACAAAAGACAUGGGCAAGUUCAGCUCCGUUACGGUGUCCACCAUUGAUGAGGAGGAGGAAGAGAUAGAGGCGAGGGAGGUGGCAGACUCCUAUGCGCAGAAUGCCAAAGUGAUUGAGAAGCAACUGGAGAGAAAAGGAAUGAGUAAGAGAAGGCUGCAGGAACUGGCUGAAUUGGAAGCGAAGAAAGCCAAAAUGAAGGGAACAUUGAUUGACAACCAGUUCAAAUAGAAAAGACACUUCAAGUAAAGAGAAAUCUUUUUUUUUUUUUAGAAGGAUUUGCCAGGCAGAACAUAUUGUUUACAAGCAGUGUGGCAGAUGUGUGUGGCAGGGGUGCCCACCUUCCACAACACCUUUAUGGCAUGACUUUAGGCAGCUGGGAGAACAUCUGAUUACAGCUGAGUUGCAAACCUGUAAUUAUGAUUACUGUAUAUAUUAGAGAAACCAAAUGUAAGGCAUUGCUGAGAUCUCUGUUUUAUUCAGUGAUACAGCAACUGGUCAGUGUUUGUUUGAUUCUUUAUAAAAUAUUGCACUUUGCAGAAAACGUAAAGAAAAAAAAAAUUGUGUCAUUGUGUAGUUUCCUCUGUUAGAAUUGUUUUUAUUUUGACAUACCAUCAUUAACUGUAAUAAAGUGUAAUAAAGUAUAUGAAACGGC